CUCUCAAUCUUGCGCUGGACUCCAUCCGUCAUCGGGACCACCAACGACCACUCACCAGUCCGACCUCCCAACAGCACUCGGAUCGCGACUUUCUCCAGCUCAGCUGUCACCCUGCACGGCGCAAUACCCUACAGCAAGGAAGUGCAAGAAUUACCACCCGAUUACCACCACCGCGACGCCUCUCACUUACGGGACACUAUCAAUAGCCGGGAAAGAUCUAGAAAGUCUCACACUCGUUCACCUUCAUCCAAGAUUCGCAACCUUUUUCAGGCGUGACGUCUGGCGUAUGACUGCUGCGUCAGUCAGACCCUGAAGGUACGUGUCUGCUGCUAGUUUGCACACGGCGCAUCACAUCAUCCAUCAUCCAUCUCUCUCGAACUCUCCGUUCAUCAUGUCCUUUCCGCCUCCUCCAGGUCUCAAACAAGCCCCGUCGUCCCUCCCUCCGAGGCCACCAGCAACAGCAAACACCGCUUCGCCUUCUAACUUUCAACCUGCAUAUUCGGCCGCGCCGUCAGGUGCAAACAGUGGCUAUGGCGGACACGGAUCUCGGGCGGGCUACAGCGCCAUCACAGCAUUCCAACCUCGCUCUGUAGCGUCUAAUCAACCUUACCGUACCAGCAGUCCUGCUGUGUCGGCUCCUCCAGCAGCGUCUAGUGGGUAUUCGACGCCGACCACAGGAAGCUAUGGUGGCUAUUUUCCGCAAGCGCAAGCGCAAGCCUCAUAUCAAAGCGGCCCUUCAUACUACGGCGGAGCCUCCCAGUACAAUGACAACACAUAUGGCCCAUCCGUGCCCCGAAUUCAGAACCCUUUUGCGCCAGCAGGAACAGACCAGUCGGGCGCUUAUGGUAUGCGCGGGAGGAACUUCGGACGCAAUGAGUCAGGGCUGGAUCCUGAAAUGGAGGCCCAAAUUGCGCAGUGGCAGAGUGCUUAUGUGAACAAGGACGAGGUGCCGGCCACCGGCAGGGUCACUGGCCGUCCGGCCGUCAAUCAGGGUAUUUCUGGUGCGGGUUCUGGUGUAAACACUCCAUCCGGUGGUAAUACUACGGCUAGCACGCCAGCACCCAACCCGGAGCCCGCCCCUAAGACUGUCGCGCGUGCUGGAGGAGGUCAGAACUGGACCGACUCGACACUGCUGGAGUGGGAUCCUGCCCACUUUCGCUUGUUUGUAGGCAACCUUGCUGGUGAGGUGACGGAUGAUUCGUUGCUAAAGGCAUUUGCCAAAUAUACCUCGGUCCAGAAAGCCCGGGUGAUCCGCGACAAGCGUACUCAGAAGAGCAAGGGUUACGGGUUCGUCAGUUUCAGCGAUGGCGACGACUAUUUCAAAGCGGCCAGGGAAAUGCAGGGCAAGUACAUCGGAUCGCAUCCGGUUCUGCUUCGACGAGCCACUACGGAGGUGCGGCCGGUGUCCAACACGAAGAAUGGGAAGAAACACGGCGGUGGAGGAAGAUCGGGCGGUGGGGGAGGCAAUGGGAAGGUCAAGCAGGAUGGCGUUAAGAAGCACGGCAAGACUAAAGGUGGACUCAAGAUUAUCGGAUAGCGGACAUGUAUAUCUUAAAAACGACCUUGACAUAAUGAACAAUAAAACCA